UUACAAUUUAUGAACUUGUACAUUACUACUUUUUCAACCAUAAAACCACAACUAUGCAUGUGAUAAAUUUAUCUAAAAAUAUUAAAAUUAUGUCAAAUUCGAAUGUCUAGAUGACUAGAGGGCGGAGGGCCUAUCGCGUACAUGAAACAACCAACGGUAGAUCAUCAUUAGCAUUCCACAACCGCUGAACGGGUUGGUAUUACCGUAAAUAAAAACGAAUAUGAAAUGGCAACGCUGUAAUUUUACCUCACCCGUCUUUCUUUUAUUUAUUGCUUCUGCUUUCCACGAUCUCAUCUCCUUCAGUACAGUGCGUUGAUCUCUGGCUUCAUUUCUCCCUUCAUCUCUCUCUCUAGAUCCCUCUUCCACAAGCUUUUCUAAGGGAUCAUCAGCAAAAAAAAGGACAAAUGGGGCUCACGUUCACUAAGCUCUUCAGCAGGCUUUUUGCCAAGAAGGAGAUGCGCAUUCUGAUGGUUGGUCUCGAUGCAGCUGGUAAGACAACUAUAUUGUACAAGCUCAAGCUGGGAGAGAUAGUGACUACCAUCCCCACUAUUGGUUUCAAUGUGGAGACUGUUGAGUACAAGAACAUUAGCUUCACUGUUUGGGAUGUUGGGGGCCAGGACAAGAUCCGUCCACUGUGGAGGCACUAUUUCCAGAACACACAAGGUCUCAUUUUUGUUGUUGAUAGUAAUGACAGAGACCGUGUGGUGGAGGCAAGGGAUGAGUUGCAUAGGAUGUUGAAUGAAGAUGAGCUUCGUGAUGCUGUGCUGCUUGUGUUUGCUAACAAACAGGAUCUUCCAAACGCAAUGAAUGCUGCUGAGAUAACUGAUAAGCUUGGCCUUCACUCUCUCAGGCAGCGCCACUGGUACAUACAGAGCACCUGUGCAACCUCCGGAGAGGGGCUCUAUGAAGGGCUUGAUUGGCUCUCCAACAACAUCGCCAACAAGGCCUAAACCGUUGGAAUAGUUGAGUACUCUGGCGCUCUCUCUCGCUCUCUGUCUAUUGCUGGAUGCAGGCGGCGCAUUUAUCUGCUUUCUUUCCAAGUCUUGUGUGGUUAUCAUCAUCCCUUUGGGGGUCAUUUUGAAGUAGUAUAAGAGUUGGAUAUAUGUAAUGUCAUGUCAGCCAUGUCUAGAUUUGAAUACAAUGGUGUAUUAAUUUGAAAAAGGAUUAUUGAUUUUGUUGUUCACAUUAACAUGGUUUUUAAGGGAUUCCGAAGUUUGUUAUCAUCCACGUUGUCGGUUGUGCCGAGAAUUACCUGUAUUUCUGGUCGUGGUUGCACACUUGCACUGUUGCACAGUUGCACACCUUGUUUCCGAUGUUAUACAUUCCGUACAUAGUAGAAACAGUACAUGUGCGUGGGUUCAGUCUAAAUAAGAAUCUUUACAGAAAUAAAAAUCUUUACUCCGGUAAACUUUUUUUUUUGAUAAACUUUACACAGUUUAUUGCAAAGAUUAAGAAAUAUAUCAAAACUUAGUAGGCCGGGGUCUAGUAUGACCCCUAGACCCUAGUUACGCUCUAUGGCUCUACACUCUUGAGAAAGAUUUGAUGUCUUAAAUUUUGGGUAAUCUGUACAUAAGAAGGCUGGGUUAUUUUUGUGUACACAAAUUGUACAUUGUCAGUGUACACAGACAAGUAGGUUAGGAGGAUUUUGUAUACACUUUGAGUAGG